GUGAUGCCUCCGGACCAAUGAAGGCGCAGAGACGGCGGGGUCGCGAGCCUCCGUUCUCCAUGGCAACGGGCGGCUUCUAAACAGCUUCCCUUCGCGGGCCUCCUCUAGCCCCCCAGACUCGUCGUUGCCGUCUUCGGCCUUCUCCCCUCAGCGUGACCGGCUCCCGCCCGCCAUGGCGGAAUUGGGGCUAAAUGAUCACCAUCAAAAUGAAAUAAUCAAUUACAUGCGUUUUGCUCGUUCCAAAAGAGGUUUGAGACUCAAGACUGUAGAUUCCUGUUUCCAGGAUAUCAAGGAGAGCAGGCUAGUGGAUGAGACCUUCACCAUGGAUGAAGUAACCGAAGUUCUGAAUGAAUUGCAGUCUGUGGUUCAUAGUGAAGUAGAAUCCGAGCUCAUCAAUACUUCCUGUACCAAUGCUUUGCUUCUUCGGCAGCUGUUUUCACAGGCUGAGAAGUGGUACCUUAAGCUCCAGACAGACAUCUCAGAGCUGGAAAAUCGAGAACUAUUAGAACAAGUGGCAGAGUUUGAAAAAGCAGAAUUUACCACUUCAAAUAAAAAGUCGAAUUCAGAGAACAUGAAGCCUUCCAGACUUGUUCCACUUAAUGAAGGCGGAACCUCUGAGCUCUUAAACAAGGAAAUUAUAAGACUUCAGGAAGAAAAUGAAAAACUGAAAUCAAGGGCAAAAGCCAUAGAAUUGCAGGCUACAAAUGCAUUGGAUGAGAAAUCAAAACUAGAGCGAGCUCUGAGAGAUUUACAGAUGGUCCAGGGAGAUCAGAAGACAGUAAUCAGAUCAAAGGAUAUUAGUGAAUUGGAAAAUACGGUUGCAGCGCUGAAGAAUGAGUUUCAUAAGACGCUGAAUGAUUCUACUGAAAACCAGAAGACUUUAGAGGAGAAUUUAGUGUCAACAAAGCAUGACCUACUUAAGGUUCAGGAACAAUUGAGUGUGGCUGAAAAGGAGCUAGAGAAGAAGUUCCAGCAGACCGCAGCUUACCGCAGCCUGAAGGAGAUUCUUACCAAGAAGAAUGAGCAAAUUAAAGAGCUGAGGAAAAGGCUCGCCAAAUAUGAAACUGAAGACUAAGAAACAUGAAAAUUCUGUGAUCUGUCUGGAAGCUGCCACAAAGUGACAGUGUAGACCUUGGUAUCCUCCGUUGUGGACUCAAAAGGGCCUGGGCCCACUUUCUUCUUUUUCUAAUGUUAAAAUAAGUUGGGCCGUUCUUUGGUUUGUUUUAGGAGAUAUGGGGGGAGGGGGGUUGUUGGGUUUUGCUUUUCAAAAAGAAAAGUUUUUCUGUUUUCAUUUGUUUAAUUGGAAAGACGACAAGGUAGCCAUUCUUGUCACUAUGACAUCCAAAGUUUCUCUGCACCUAGGGAAUAGAAAGUUUCUUCUGUACAUAGGAUUUCCUUUGAAAAUAGUGAGAGUUCUUUCUCAGUAGAGAAAAGAUUUUGUUCUGGGAAAGGGAAGAAGAAUCUUGCCCUUUGACAUAAGUGUUCAAAAUUAUACCUUUUGUAUAACUAUGAAGGAAGCUGACAAUAUACAUAUGCAUUCCCCAGGGGGAAAAAGAAGCACAAGGAGUUACUAACAAAUAACUGAAUUUAUUUUUAUUAAAAGUUGAACUUAAUGCAUUUUUCUGGACUUUUGUAGCAGGGAUCUGUCUGUCAUUGGAAGCCUAACCCUAAACUAGCCAUCAUUUAUUUCCAUGAAUUACGUGUUUCUCAGUAGCAUCAGACAAAGUCUAGUUAGUGGGAGAGGUACUGCCGAGAGCCCAAAAGGAGACAGGCCAGUUCUGUGAGAAAUCAGGGCUCCGAGUUGGGGUAUUGGCAAUUAUUAGAAAAACAAACACAGGGCAGCAUGUUUAGUUUUGGGUCCUUAGAAUUUCCUCCCAAGCUACAUGCUAAGUAAAAGCACCUUUUUCAAAACCAUAUUACACUCGAAGUCAAAGUCAGCCUGAGAACGAAAUCUUUCCCUCCACAUUGUUACAAAGGGUGCACACAGUGUCAAAAAUAUGCUCCCAAUUCUUCUUGCUGGUUGACUUUGCAUCGAUCAUUAGACUGUCUGUGCACACAUUUCAUCAUCUGAAAAAAAUAAUAGAAAAAUAGUACUACUGCACAGCAAUGGACUAAGGCCCAGUAAGCUUUUUUAUUUCCUUAACAGAACUCCUGAGUUUACCCCAUUCUAUGAAUGCACUUGGUUAUUCAGCAAGUUAAUGAGUCACAGGUGAAUUAGCUCUUCAGGAAAGUGGAUGUAUAUCACUUACACCUAAUAAACACUGCCGAAGAGAGAGAAUUCAUCACCUCAAAAUGAUAAUUUUCUCCCAGAAAAAAAAAUUUACUUUUAAGAUAAGACUUAUUAUCACUACAUUAUAUUUCUACAUAUUCAUCUAAAAAUGUAUUCUAAUGGGUGUUUAAAAUAUAAAAAAUAUUUUUAUUAAAAAAUUUAUCCUUGACUUUAAGUCAAGAAUAAAAUUAGUUGAAUUUUCCCUGGAAGAGUACAAAGGAACUGUUAAAGGAUCUGCAAAGGGGAACAAAAAUAGUUUUCCAUGUGCUUUUACGUUGGAUUUUGAACUCUUAUUCCAACUCUAUCACUCAACCAUCUCAGUGUCCUUUUGAACCCUUGUUGAACACUAAGCAUACAUUUUUACAAUAUUGUCUUUCUCAAGACCUAUUAACUCUUUAUAGUAAUGCCCGGGGUAAGGCCAACCUGGGAACAAAAGCUUGAUCAUCCCAAAGCCAAGCUCCUGCUUGCCUGGGGUGUGGUUGGAAGCCAAUGGCCUGUGUGCAGGUAUGUUUGCAGUGGUCACAUAAGAGAACUUAUUGGCUAUACUUUGGUCUUUUGGUAUCUCCUUGGUAAUAAUUCUGCACAGUGUACUAUUGGCACAUCCAUAUGUUAACAAACCACCUCAUUUCUGGACUCCUCCAAUCUCACUGUACCCACCACGAGGUGAACUAAUUGGCUGUUACUUGGCAUAGAUCAGUAUGCUGCUUCAUAGCCUAAGCCAGAAUUCUGCAUUUAACAAUCUUGAGCAAAAUAAAAUGUAAAAUGCUCAUUUCCUUGUAAAUUUUAGCUUUAAUAUAUAUUUCAUUUAACAAAGAAGUUUUCUUUUAGGUCUCGGCGUUUUCCAUUUUUAGGAAUGUUAGUUCAAACUCUUGAGUGACAUGCCACUCAAUAAUAAUGCUUAUUUUAUUUCUCACCUCCCAAUCUCGAGGCAUCUGCUCCAAAAGGACCAGUUUUCUGCUCAGUCAUAAUGAAUCAGACCCUUUGUAGGCAGAAUCAAAAAGUAAAGGGGUCUUUGGUUGAAUUUCUUCUAUUCAUUAUAUAUUUAUCCCUUUGUUUCAUAUCAUGUACAACAUGUUCAAUCUAUAUGUAUUCAAUAAAUCUUAAA